CUGAAAACCAAAAUAUUAGAACAAAAACAGAAACAUGGCUCAUCAUAUUACAUGUCUUUGGAUAGUUUUGGUUCUGCUUCUUCGGAAUUCUGUAUUCGCUGAAGAUGGAGAAAUAAGAUCAAGUUGUCGUACUGCUCCAACAGAUUUAGUUUUCAUCUUAGAUGGUUCUUACAGUGUUGGCCCAGAAAACUUUGAAAUAGUGAAAAAGUGGCUUGUCAACAUCACAAAAAACUUUGACAUAGGACCCAAGUUUAUUCAGGUGGGAGUUGUCCAAUAUAGUGACUACCCCGUACUGGAGAUUCCUCUUGGAAGACAUGAUUCGGGAGAGAAUUUGGUGGCAGCGAUGGAAUCCAUACAUUACUUAGGAGGAAACACAAGGACAGGGAAGGCCAUCCAGUUUGCACUUGAUUACCUUUUUGCCAAGUCCUCACGAUUUCUGACUAAGAUUGCAGUAGUACUUACGGAUGGUAAAUCCCAAGACGAAGUCAAAGAAGCCGCAGAAGCAGCAAGAGACAAUAAAAUAACAUUGUUUGCCAUCGGCGUUGGUUCAGAAACAGAAGAUGCAGAACUUAGAGCUAUUGCCAACAAGCCUUCAUCUACGUAUGUGUUUUAUGUUGAAGACUAUAUUGUGAUAUCCAAAAUAAGGGAGGUGAUGAAGCAGAAACUUUGUGAAGAAUCUGUCUGUCCAACACGAAUUCCCGUGGCAGCUCGAGAUGAGAAGGGAUUUGAUAUUCUUUUAGGCUUGGGUGUAAAGAAAAAGGUUAAGAAAAGAAUCCAGCUUUCACCAACAAAGAUAAAAGGAUAUGAAGUAACAUCAAAAGUUGAUUUAUCAGAAUUCACAAGCAAUGUUUUUCCAGAAGGUCUUCCUCCAUCAUAUGUAUUUGUCUCCACUCAGAGAUUUAAGGUCAAGAAAAUAUGGGAUUUAUGGAGAAUUUUAACCAUUGAUGGAAGGCCACAAAUAGCAGUUACCUUAAAUGGUGUGGAUAAAACAUUACUAUUUACAACGACCAGUGUGGUUAAUGGCUCACAAGUGGUCACCUUUGCUGACCCUCGAGUUAAGACAUUGUUUGAUGAAGGCUGGCAUCAAAUUCGUCUCUUAGUAACAGAACAGGAUGUAACUCUAUAUAUCGAUGAUCAACAAAUUGAAAAUAAAUCCUUACAUCCAGUUUUAGGGAUCUUCAUCAGUGGCCAAACCCAAAUUGGAAAAUACUCUGGGAAAGAAGAAACUGUUCAGUUUGAUGUCCAAAAGUUGCGAAUCUACUGUGACCCAGAACAGAACAACCGGGAGACAGCAUGCGAGAUUCCCGGAUUUAAUGGCGAGUGUCUCAAUGGCCCCAGUGAUGUAGGUUCAACUUCAGCUCCCUGUGUUUGUCCUCCUGGAAAACCAGGACUACAAGGCCCCAAAGGUGACCCUGGACAGCCUGGGAACCCUGGCUACCCUGGACAGCCUGGUCAAGAUGGUAAGCCUGGAUAUCAGGGAAUCUCCGGAUCACCAGGUGUUCCAGGAUCCCCAGGAAUACAAGGAGUACGAGGACUACCAGGUUACAAAGGAGAACCAGGGAGAGAUGGUGAAAAGGGUGACCGUGGACUUCCUGGUUUUCCUGGGCUUCACGGAAUGCCAGGAUCAAAGGGUGAAAUGGGCCGCAAAGGAGAUAAAGGAUCACCUGGAUUUUAUGGCAAAAAGGGUGCAAAAGGUGAAAAGGGAAAUGCUGGUUUUCCUGGCCUUCCUGGACGUGCUGGAGAACCAGGACGACAUGGAAAGGAUGGAUUAAUGGGUAGUCCUGGUUACAAGGGAAUCCCAGGAUUUCCUGGAAACCAAGGAUUAAUGGGACAAAAGGGAGAAAUUGGGCCUCCAGGACCAUUAGGAAAAAAAGGAGCUCCGGGGAUACCUGGUUUGAUGGGAAGCGAUGGCUCACCAGGUCAGCCUGGAACUCCAGGAUCUAAGGGAAAUAAAGGUGAACCUGGACUUCAAGGGAUUCCUGGGGUUUCUGGGCUCAAGGGCCAAAGGGGAGAAAAUGGAAGACCAGGGAUUCCAGGGCAACAGGGAAUUCAAGGUCAUCAUGGUGCAAAAGGAGAGAAAGGUGAAAAGGGAGAACCUGGUGUCAGAGGUGCCACUGGACCAAAAGGAGAAUCUGGGAUGGAUGGCCUGAUGGGGCCUGUGGGUCCCCAGGGACAACCUGGAGAAACAGGUCCCCGGGGACCUCCAGGAGUGGAUGGGAAGCCUGGGAGAGAAUUUUCAGAACAGUUUAUUCGACAAAUUUGCACUGAUGUAUUAAGAGCCCAGCUACCAGUCUUACUUCAGAGUGGAAGAAUUCAAAAUUGUGAUCGUUGCCAGUCCCAACAUGGUUCCCCUGGUGUCCCUGGGCCACCUGGUCCUAUAGGCCCAGAAGGUCCCCGAGGAUUUCCUGGUUUGCCAGGAAGAGAUGGUGUUCCUGGACUAAUGGGUGCUCCUGGACGCCCAGGUGCCAGAGGAGUAAAAGGCCUCCCAGGAAGAAAUGGGGCAAAGGGGAACCAAGGGUUUGGGUACCCUGGAGACCAAGGGCCUCCGGGUCCACCAGGUCCAGAGGGCCCUCCUGGAAUAAGCAAAGAAGGUCCCCCAGGAGACCCCGGUCUCCCUGGCAAAGAUGGAGAUCAUGGAAAACCUGGCGUCCAAGGGCAACCAGGUCCCCCUGGCAUCUGCGAUCCAUCACUAUGUUUUAGUGUAAUAGUCGGAAGAGAUCCAUUUAGAAAAGGACCAAACUAUUAAGGUCUAAUGCCUCAUUCAGCGACCUAGGCAUGGUGCUUUUCUUCUGUGGUCUUACGCAUCUCAGGAAGAUAACAACAGUAAUCCCUUGAAAAGAAACUAAAGUACCUCGGUGUUUUUAUUAUUAUUUUUCCUUAAGGAAAUAUAUAUAAAAGGUCACAUAUACUGAUCUUAAAGGAUCCUCAGUAAUUUGGAGCCUUUAGAUUAGU